AUGUGCUUUUACAACCAGAAGAGAUUUGUGUGUGGGGACUUCAGUUGGACGAGCUUUGCCCACCAGUGCAACUAUGAAUAUCGGACCGGCGAGACGUGCGGCAUGAAACUCGUGAAUAGGACCGAGAACGUGAAGACAGUAUGCCGCGUCUGCGAGAAGAUCGAAAUCAAAUUCCGUCGGCGAAGCGCCGAAUAUGAACGGGUGCAGCGAUGGAAACGCGAAGGAGGCACGCUGGUGGCCUCCAUCGAGAAAUCGCAAGACAUGAUACGGUUGCUGGACCAAGAAAUCUUGAAACUUCAGAAAGAGCGGGAGGACAAAAGCAGAGCGCUGUGA